AAAACUUAGAAAUGUUUUAAGUUCACUUAUUGGGACUAGCUGGUAAUUAAUCCUUUAAGUAAUUAACCACUUAAGCACCUAGUGUUCCUAACUUCUUCCAUCAGCGUCCCUUCAAUGCCCUCUAAUUCAGAAGGCUUUUAGGUGGUGGUUUGCCAUCAUCAUCUCUCCCUCUCUCAAUCACAUUUCCUGAACUCAUGAAAAUGGCACCGCGAAGAGCACCUUCGUUUUUCAAGGUCUUGAUUGGCGACUUCUCUAACCAGUUGAGAAUUCCACCAGCCUUUAAAAAGCAUUUUGGUGGAAGUGUGCCUCAGAAUUGCAUAAUUUGGAGUUGUGCAGAAGAGCGAUCAUGGAAUGUCAAUAUCAGAAAAGUUGAUGAUGAUCGCUUGCUUUUCCACCAAGGUUGGGCUGCGUUUGUGCGAGACAACUCUUUAGAAAUGGGUGACUUUUUACUUUUCAGAUACGAGGGAGAUUCACAAUUCCAUGUAGACAUGUAUGGUAAGAAUUGCUGUCAAAAGCUUGCUGCAGCAGACCCUGCUAAUCAAACUGAUGUGUUGCGAGAGAAGAUACAAAAGAAGAGUAGUGCAGCACGGCAGAGGAUUAUUCGAAGGUCUUCGUGGUCGAUAGUUGCUGCAGAGGCAAAACAAGAAAAAGGCAGAGGAAGAGCUCUUGAAGCAGCCGAGAAAUUCAUGUCCACCUCAAACUAUCCUUCCUUCAUUCGAGUUAUGCGUCCUACUAAUUUGCAUAACCGAUAUCUGAAUAUAGCAAUGAGCUUUGUGAAUACAUACAUAAAAAAGAGUAAGACCACAUUGAAGUUUCAAAUCUUAGACAAGUUGUGGCCUGUGAAUUUGAUAUCCAAUCAGAGAAGAGCAUUGUUGUGUGGAGGGUUUCCUGCAUUUGCAAAGGAACAGUCUCUGCAAGCAGGAGAUGUUUGCGUCUUUGAACUGAUCGAUAGAGACGAUCAUGUGCUUAAGGUUUCCAUUUUCAGAAACAUGAAUUAGUUCCUCUGCUUUUGUAUUUUCUAAGUUGAAACUGUUUGCGAAUUCCUUGAAAUAUUUGAUUUUGGAGACUCUCCUUGUUCGAGCCGUUUUGGUGAUCUUUUGAUUGUUCUUGAAAGGUAACUAAAUAAUAUGAAAAUUAAU